AUGGACAAGAACAAGAAGUCUGUCUGCUUUGGUUCUUCUUACGGUUGGCUAAUAUAUAUAGACAGGUACGUUGAUGCAUUCCUCUUGAAUCCUUUUACAAGAAACAGAGUGCAACUUCAUCGAAUUGGUUCUCCCUUGGAAAUACCUGAUCAUGCUAUUGCUUCUUGUGGACCUGAGCAUUACUUCGGCAAAGCAAUACUAUCAUCAGACGCAUCUAAUCACAGCAGACAAGGUACGUGCUUUUUUGUUAUAUUAAUGUACCAUGGCAACAAUGGACGCAGCAAGCUAGGUUUUUAUAAAAGUGGAGUUAGUUCUUGGACUAAACUUGAUGGCUGCGAGCACGGACCUUAUGUUGAUAUCACAUGUCAUGAGGAAAAACUAUAUGCUUUGGGCAGAAAUAAUGGUUCUGUUGAGGUUUGGCACUUGCUUCAAGAUUGGCUUCUUCCUGUAAAGAAAGGAGACAUGAGUGAGAUUGGUUUCGAGAGAACACUACAUAACCACCAUCUUAAAGAGAUCAGGGUUUACUUGGUGGCAGAUGCAGCAGCAGGGGAUUUGUUACUUGUGAUCAAGUAUUUGCUGCAAAUUGACACUUUUUUUGGUCAGGACGAUCAUCUCAAAAUGCCACAAUUUGAAUUUUUUAAGCUUGAUGUUGAGCAAAAAGUUUGGGUGAAGAUGGCUUCAUUGGGUGAUCGAGCUUUGUUUUUGGGUAUAAAUGACUCCAUAUCCUUCGAUUCUAAGGAGGGGAAGCUGAUUCAACCUGAUGCUGUCUACUUCACAGAUGAUGACUGGUAUCGUGACCACAAUGGCUUGUACAAAGGAUACUGCAUGGCCGUCGGCGAGCUAAAAGCUAACCGUUUCGUAUUCCGUAAUGUUUAUGGUAAGGCGAUGUUGAUGGGACAAUAUCCAAUGCCUACUUUUCCACGACGUACAAUAUGGUUUGCUCCUCAUCCUUGGUAG